CCACGGCACCCGCCACGACCCACGACUGGAAGUAUCACACACCGCCUGUUCCCAUCUUUGAGAUAAGCACUACCAUGACUGUCUCCUGGGCCUCUCUCUUCUUCAUCUGUUUAUUACCCUGCACGAUGGGAGUGUCAGACCAGUUUCAGCUGGAGCCGAUGACUGCAGCAGUGUUUAAAGGCUCCGAUGCCCAGUUCAUCGCCAGAGUGACCGGAUCGUGGGAAUUCAUGGCCUGGACAGUUGGACAGUUUCUGGUCCUCACGGUCCGUAGAAACACUACAAUACUCCAAGUAGAGCAGUAUUCAGCUAGAUUCUGCUCCAGUGAUAACAGCAGUUGUGUGGAGUUUACCAUCCAUAAUGUCAGCCGCUCACUGAUCGGGCCCGUCACCUGUGCGGUUCAAGGGUCAUAUGGAGAAAAAACAGCACAGCUUUCUGUACAAGAGAACGGUACGAUCAGCAUCGCAGGACCGAGCAUGAAGGUGAUGUAUGACCAGCAGGUAACGUUCCAGUGUGUAGCAGCUGGUUGGUACCCCAAACCUACAGUCACAUGGACUCUAAAUGGUAACGCUAUGAACAGCACCCUGGACAACUUCACAGAUAAUGGGGAUUUCUUUAACUCCACCAGUGUACUAACCUUCCAGGCAGUCAGAGACACGACAGUCAAAUGUUUGGUGAGCAUCCCAGCACUGACAUCUCCGCAAUCAACGUCUCUCUUCUUAGUAGUUGCUCCCAAGCCGCCUAAUUGGACUGUGUUGAUAGCUGUGGUUGUGUCCUUUGGAAGUCUUGCUCUGCUGGUUUUGCUCAUCAUUGGAAUUUGGUUCUGCUACAAACGCAGGAAAGAAAAACAAACAAACUAUCAGGAUGAAAUGAGGAGAGUGAGGACACAGAGCCAGUUAAGUGGUGUGCAUGGACCCAGAAACAAAGAGGGACAAGUGAACACAGCAUAUGUGCCGGAGGGUCAGACAAGUGUUCCUACCAGUGAAAUCACUGACAAUGGCUUAUUCCAGGUAUCUACUGUGGCAAACAGUGCACAAGCAGGUGGUGCCUUCUACAAUUUUGAGGAUCCAGGCUUCAUAAAACACAGACACGCCACGAUUGUGUGAGGACAAACAGAGGACACGUCUCUGAAUGCUUGCGAG